CUAGCUCUUCGUCUUUUCAUUUUUUAGUACUUCGUCUAGUGUGGAGUUCCGUAGCGGCGACAGAUCGACGAGAAGGGUUUCCUUGUUCGAGUCUCAGAGAUCAAGGAAAUCGGUUACCAGUCUUCUUCCUCGAUUUCUCUGAUAGGUUGCAUUGAAGCUCCACCUCGGCAGAUUUGUGGACUCUGAAUCGAAGGACAUCAGGAAAGGGGCGAAUUUUGAAGUCAGAGAUUUCGAGUUUUCACCGAAUAAGGUCUGCUCUGCAAGCUCGAACAUAAAAAUUGGGUAUUGAAGAAUCGUCUUGCUUCAAUCAAGCCAUGUCUCUGGUCUUGCAUGCGUCAAAUGUAAACAAGAAUGCCUUCAAGGCACUCAUUGCUGCAGAGUACAGUGGGGUUAAAGUGGAAUUGGUCCCAAACUUUGAGAUGGGUGUCUCAAAUAAAACUCCCGAGUUUAUUAAGAUGAACCCUAUUGGGAAAGUUCCUGUAUUGGAGACACCUGAUGGCCCUGUAUUUGAGAGCAAUGCUAUUGCACGUUAUGUUGCACGUUUGAAGGGUGACGCUAUUCUCUAUGGUUCUUCUCUGAUUGAAUAUGCUCGUGUUGAGCAGUGGAUUGACUUUGCAUCAUUAGAGGUUGAUACCAAUAUUUCAAGGUGGUUGUAUCCUCGAUUGGGGUUUGGGCAACCAUACCUUCCUCCGGCCGAGGAAGCUUCCAUUUCUGCCUUGAAGAGAGCCCUAGAUGCUUUGAACAAACACCUUGCUUCAAAUACUUACCUCGUGGGGCACUCUAUUACACUAGCUGACAUUAUCAUGACAUGUAACUUGUUUUUGGGAUUCAGUCGUAUCCUGACUAAAAGCUUUACCUCUGAGUUUCCUCACGUUGAGAGGUAUUUCUGGACCAUGGUUAAUCAGCCAAACUUCCGCAAGAUAAUUGGGGAAGUGAAACAGGCUGAGUCUAUUCCACCUGUUCAGUCAACAAAGAAGCCAUCUCAGCUUAAAGAGACUGCAAAGAAUAAGGUAAAGGAUGAACCAAAGAAAGAGGUCAAGAAAGAACCUGCAAAGCCUAAAGUGGAAGAGCCUGUUGAGGAGGAAGAGGCACCAAAACCCAAACCAAAGAAUCCACUUGAUCUUCUUCCCCCUAGUAAGAUGAUAUUGGACGAGUGGAAGAGACUCUACUCAAACACCAAAACCAAUUUUCGUGAGGUUGCCAUUAAAGGAUUUUGGGACAUGUAUGAUGCCGAGGGGUAUUCUCUUUGGUUUUGUGAUUACAAAUAUAACGACGAGAAUACUGUUUCAUUUGUCACCUUAAACAAGGUCAGUGGGUUCCUGCAGCGGAUGGAUUUGGCUCGUAAGUACGCUUUUGGCAAGAUGCUGGUUAUUGGAUCAGGGCCACCCUUCAAGGUAAAGGGGUUGUGGCUCUUCCGUGGUCAAGAUGUUCCUCAGUUUGUACUUGACGAGUGCUAUGACAUGGAGCUGUAUGACUGGAGGAAGGUGGAUAUUAAUGAUGAAGCCCAAAAGGAGCGUGUUAAUCAGAUGAUUGAAGAUGCAGAGCCAUUCGAGGGAGAAGCUCUGUUGGAUGCUAAAUGCUUCAAGUGAUGUGCCAAUUUUGUCCUAUUUCCAUGUUUUCGAAUGCCCUUAAAAUGAGUCUUUCCUUCUCCCUGUCGCCCUAUUUUAUAGUCCUUUUUGUUUCGAACAGUGAUUCCGCCUUUUCUUUAUAUAUCCUUUCAUGUAUUAGGUUCUUAGGUUGACAAUAUUCUGUUAUUUGCCUCAUGAUAGUUGUAGUGUCUCUUUGUUUGGGUUACCUUAACUCUUAAAAUUGAUGACAAUUUACGAGAUUCUAUAGUUACUAUA